AUGUCGACGCCCAGCAACGACCCUUCUGUGAUCCUGCAACAGGCGAAAGAUGUCUUAAAUGGCAAUAAAGCCAGGCACAACUUUGCGACGUUCAAAAAGAACGCCAGACAGGCGUUUCCGUCGAUAACUCUGUAUCCGACAGACAAAUUCUGUGUCAUAGCCCAAAAAGUAAUAGACGCAGCGAUGGAUUCGUCCCUCGAGCCCUCAAAGGCACGCUUGGUCCUGCAUUUGAGAAUAAACGACGACUCCGAUGGGGUCUCCCUAAUCGAGGGUGCUGAAGUCGUCGUCGACGAAACAGGCAAGACUACCAUCGGAGAGGUGGUUUCAGCGGUCUUGCCGCUGCUCAACGAGAGCUGCUUGCUCCAGGAUAUCGAACAUGACAUUGCUAUCCAGAUGUCCCAUGGGAGUAUCCCCUUGACACGGAGAGAAACUGCCCGCUCAGAUUCGAGGGAAUUCGAGGUGAGGGGGGAGUUAGUUGAUGGGCCCGUCCUCCUCAAAUCUUAUACCAAGCUAGUGGUGCACAAUGCCAUUGAGACAUCAGCGACGGACCAGUCCUCUUCGACCCCAUGGUUGGCGACGAAGAAGCGCGACUCGAUCAAACCAAAACCAACAAAUACGUCCUCAAAGUCCUCGGCAGGGUUGGCGACGUCCGAACUUGCCGACGACGACGAGUACCACAAGGUGGUGAUCAUCGUCGAUCAAUGGGUCGAUACUCACAAGCCCAGGUGGUCAAAGUUCGGCAGAAUCAUCCAUGACCACGGCGCUCCCUGGACCAUCUUCAAACUCGUCGAGGAGGACGUAGUGCCGCUCAUCGAGUUCGUCAACGACAGUGGUGUGAUGAGUAGCAAAAAGUUCAUUCAAAUAGCGGUUAAGAAGCACGGGCUUGGGAAGCCCCAUGUCCAGGCAGCAGACCUCAUUAUUGAUGCCAAGGAUUUGAUCGCAGAAUCCAACCUGAAGCUCAUCAAAAGAGCGUUGGAGGGUCAGCACAUCCGGGGCGUUCAGAAAUGCGUGCAAGCUGUGUUGGAUUGCAUGAAGACCCACAGGCCCUCGCUGUCGUGA